GGGUGAAUAACUUGGCAUGUGCACAAUCGACGGCGAUGUCUCCUCCUUGCCACGCACCCAACCCUUCCUCCCACCGGAGAUCUGGUACAGAUGCUUUGAAUUGGCCACAUACGUGCCCACAUCUUUGAACAUCUCUAUCCAAGACCCCUUCGACCCUUCUCUGCCUCCUUCCGAGUACCACUUCCCUUCCACGGACGUCGUCGUUCAGCAGACCGAGCUCCGAAAGUCUCUCCCCAUCAGGCGUUCCCUCGUCCUCGUCUGCAAGACAUGGAACUCCAUCGCCACUCGCCUCCUCUACCGCUCUCUCUUCAUCGACCGCACGAACGACCUCUCUCCUCUCCGCUCCACCCUUCUUGCCUCCCAACAAAAUGUUCUUUCCGCCGGGCUCGGAAUCGAACAUUCUCUCGGUUCCUGCACUCGUAGAGUCGACAUUGUUCUCCCUUCCCUGUGCGAUAACGACGGUGCGAUGAAGAUCCUGCUCGAACCCUUGGCUGAUAUCUUCUCCUGCCUACCCUCCCUGCGUUCGCUCUUCAUCCUCGCAUGUGCGGGUCGUGCGCUUCGCGUCAUGCCGGACUCUAUCAUCAAUGCCAUCGCCGAUACGUGUUCCGGAACGCUGCAGAGGAUAUGCUGGGACUCGGAGAGCACGGUUCUUCCGAUGAGAGAGACGUAUAGAAGUCUCUUGAGGAGAUCGAAGAGGUUGAAGACGAUCGACAAUGGGCUAUACGCUUGGGCAGCGUCGUGUCCUCUGUCGAUGGGUGGCCCGCAGACAGAAGAAGGGACGCUGCAGGAGUUGGAUUGUCUGGCUUUAGAGCCAUGGUUCAACUGCAACUAUGAGCCCACGCUAGAGCAUGACUCCUUGUCCAGCAUACCGCCCCCUUAUCCCAAUCUACGUAAGAUCAUCCUCCGAGUCUCAACAGUCCUCACACACCACUGUCUCUCCCACUCCCUCGCAAUCCAAGGACCCAUCAUAACCACCGCCUACAUCCACCUCACAAACCCACAAGCCCUGCCACCAACACUCGUCCUCCUCUCCACCCACUGCCCUAACCUCAGACACCUCAUCAUCCAGCUCCCUCGCACGCUCGAAUAUCUCCCGCCUUUCUCCGUACCCAAGACUGUCACGCAUCUAGGCAUAUAUAUCGAUGGGUCGGCGUCGACUAUUGGGUUUUCACAGGUAUUUAACCGGCUGGCGGGUACAGACAGGAGCGGGGGUGAGGGUGCGAACGCGACAGAGGUUUCGACGGGCUUGGUGGUGAGGUUCUUCAACUCCGAGUCGCUGGGCUUUUCCAGAAUGCGGAGGUACCAUGGACCGUUAUUGGCGGAGGGCGUGAACCGGUUGCAGGCGAAGGGCUGGAUCGUUCAGGAUUGGGAGGGGAAGGCAUUAGAAGUUGGCUUGGGUAGUAAUUGGUUCAGAGAAAUGGGCCUAUCAACUUAGAAUUAGAUGUUCGUGUAUCUCUGAGCAGUGCGAGCUUUUUGUUCUGAACCCACGGGGCAAAGAAACAGUUUAAUUUGAUG